UCCGCCACCUAUUUUUCUGCAACGACGGUUAGUACUUAGUUACCCACCCCACACACAGUCACCGAGAAAUCAAGAGCCACCUCCGACUCCGGUCAGCUUUAUUCCGCGCGCCAUUUUUCGUAUAAACUUUUUCCGCGUUCAUUCAAAUAAAUUUUUUCGAGACUACAUUCAAUGGGAUCUAAGAAGAAGCGAAACCCUCCUUCACCCUCCAAACCACCGUCGACGGCCAAGAACGCAACCACAAGCGACGGAGCACCGCCGAAUACGAUUUCUUCAGACAAUCUGCAUCAAGAACAAAGUAACGCAGAACAACUCGAAUAUGAAGCGAUCCAUGUUGAAUGUCAUCGGGCUUUUGAUGCUCUUAACCGAAGAAAUCAAACCAAAGCCCUGAAACGCAUCGCCGAUGUACGUAUUCGCUACGAAAACUCCAGUCUCGCACAUCACACUGAAGCCGUUAUACACGCCAGAAUCGCCGAACAAACCGAAGACCAGUACGCGAGCCUAGAACACUGGAAGAAAGCUCUCGAAUCUGCGAAGAAAGCUGUAUCGCUUUCCCCCAACUCGAUUGAGUUCGCGCUUACAUGCGCGAUUUUGCUCUCUACAUUGGCGAGCAAUGAUCAAGAUCGCAAAGAAGUCGUGGAAGAAUGCGAGAGAGGUCUAUCAUUGUUUAAUUUUCUGCCUGUUAUAAAAACUUCACGAGAUGAGCUUGAGCGAAUACAAAUAGCAUUGAAAUCGAUUUUAGAUAAGUCAAAGAUUGGGUGCACAGAGGCUCCAAUGUCAGUAAAGGCGGUUGAAGAGAAGAGGAAGGAGAUCGAGGCUCGUGUAAUUGCUGCCAGACUUUUGCAACAAGGGCCUGAGAUGGUUACAUCGGAUAAGACUUGUGAGUUGACCCCGCCGAUUGGCGAACUUAAAGAACCGAUGUUGGAUGCCGGCAAGAUUUCAGAGGUUCGGAGCUUUUGGAACUCUAUGGAUGUCGAGGAGAAGCGAGCGUGCCUGAGACCAAAAAUUAGCGAUGUUAAGGACUAUUGUGCCAAAUUUACGGGUGUUUUGGCUGCAGAGGAUCUAUUGGGCGGCGCUAUCCAUCAUGCUGAAAAUGCUUCUACUUGGAAAUACUGGGAUUGUUGCAUCUGUGAUCAUAAAUCUCUGAACAUGGACUUGCUUAUCGAUCAUUUAGAGAAGCAGCAUUUGGGGCACCUAUUAUCAGCAAAAUCCAAAGCAUUUACGCCACAAAAAAUUGAUGAUCAAUCGAUGGAGGUGCUUGUGAAUGGUAUAUGGAAGCCUGUGGACACUGCCAUGGCAAUGGAAAUCAUUCAAAAUCAGUCAAAAGACCUGGAUCAGAAUUGGCCAUUGUCUGAUAAUUGUGAGCGUGCAAAAACCCUCGAAAGAAUCCACAGCAUGUUCCAGUUGCUUCUGCGACAUGAAUGUAUUGCUGCGAGCCAUCUCAGGAAGGUGAUGAAUUGCACCAUGAAAAUGCUGCAGAUCGAUGGCCUGGACCAAACACCCCUCUGCAUCUGUUUUCUGGGGACUUCUCAGCUGAAUGAAAUUAGUAAUCUCUUGCAGGAUUUGCUUUUUGAGAUAGGUGAUUUCGUGGAGGAUGAACUUAAUUCCUACCCGGAAUACGAAUCCAAAGAAAGGAUAGUUAUUUGUGGUGACACAUUGUGUGUCCUUUUGGAUGGGAGUUUACAGGGCAGGGAGUUUAUGAGGUCCACAUCUCAUAAUGCAGCUGCGGAUGAUGGGUCUGCAACAUCUUUUGCUGUUGGUGAUCAUGAACUAGAUGUUCUGCCAGAUUGUGAUGCUAUUGCGCAUUGGUUGCAUUCGGGUUUUACAAUUGAAGACCAGUUAGCAUCAUGGCCAAACAUAAAAAAGUCUAAAGUUCGUCAAGGGGUGGAAAUUUAUCUGAUCCUCGAAAAGGAAAUUUCUAGCUUGGAAAACAUGUGUAUGAGAAAAAGUCAGCAUUUGAUCCACGACAAAGCAUUACAUGAAAUUCAUAGAAUCUGCAUCGAAGAACUUCACAAAAGGGAGCAAGGUGUAAGCUAUGUACCUCAAACUUACGAGUCACUCCUGAAAAAGCUGCAAGAGGAACUUGCUGAGAGGGAGGAUAUUCUUAGUAGAUCUGAGUUGCAUCUCAUACCAAAAAUUCUCCAGGAAGCUCAAGCUGUAAAUGUGAAUGAGGAUGAAGCGCAUCAAGGAGACAAUUGCAUAAGAAAUUUAGUUCAAGGGCGAUUAAGGAAGAGUUCGAAAGAGAUUUUCAAUGAUGAUGCAAGGAUCCUGAGGAGUUGUGCUGAUAUUCGAAAGCUAUAUUCACGACUUGCAAAAGUAUCAGUCCAUGACUACCGGACGAUUAUAGUGCCCCUUCUGAAGUCAUUCAUCCAGGCACAACUGGAGAAUCUGGUUUACCAAUAUGCAAUAAGGAAGUCAGAUGUUGCGGGAGAAGCAUUGUUAGCGGAGCUUGAAUCUGAUGCCAACAAGCGUCUUAGCAAGGGACAGAUGAAACAUGUUGAGGGAAAGAUGAAGGAUAAGAAAAAGAAAAAGGAUUACCGCAAAUCCAAGGAUUCCAAGGUUGACUUAUUGUGUUUCUACAGUCAGUUUUCUGUUCCCGAAGAUGGGGAUUACCCAGAAUCACAGAGUGUUGUCUCUGUAAUUGCCAGUGAACUGAAACAGCAGGAAGAGGAACUUAGGCGUAAAUUUGAGCUUGAAGCCGAGGAAAGAAUGCUUGAAGAGCAUUUGGAGCGUCAAAGACAAAUAGAGAAUGAGGCUAAAGAGAAGCAGCUUGCUGAGAAAAACAAAAAAGCAGAUGGAACAAUGCCAGAGAUGGCGGAGACAUUGUUGAGUGUAACUGGAGUGCCAACUUGCUCUUCAGGUGAUCCUUUGAAAAAGUUAGAGGAAACUAAGGCGUCCUCCCUGGUUUCUGGUGGAAGGACCGAAACAAAAAGUUGCUCUCAUGGAGAAGUCAAGCUAGCUUUGUAUACUCAAGAAACUCUUGAAGCACAUACACUCUUUCCACCAAGCUUUUUUAAGCUUGAACUCGUUGGUAUCCACUCUUCCGCUUUCUUUGGGACUUGGGUAGUGAAAGAGGCAUUUAGGUUACUCUUGAAACCAUCCUUGCUCAUAGAAAAUGUUGAGUUGCCAUCACAUCCUCUUAAAUUGCACUCUCCCACUGCUGAAGACUUGAUUGGAUCUCUGGAUUCUCAUCAAUUGAGAAGGAUAAGGAUGAACCGGGAUGUUGCCAUAUUAGAGCUGCACAAAGUGCAUGCUUGGAUCAGGACAAUGUUCAUGGUAGCAACAGUGUUGUGA